AUGGACAAUGUCUCGGAGUGUACACUGAUUACCUCCCGCCGAGGCACUUAUGAUCGAAAAAAUUUCCGACGGCAGGUGGCAAGGCCUGGCCCAUCUUUAUCAUCAACAUCACCACCGUCAGUGUUACCGCCCUCGUCGCGUGGGCCGUCAACUGCUCAGAUUAGUCCUUCAUCGCCGUCAGCUGCAUCCAGCGGCCACGGCCGAGUUGAGGCUCUUACCCCGCCCCAGCCCCUCGUCGGAGAGAACAGGCCGAUCUCCACUCCUGCGACAUAUCGGCAGGAAAGAAAUUCGAACUUAGAACAGCCAACCGGCGACGCUCCUGGCGCAGAUCUGACUCGCCCGCCCGACAGUGUACCCUCUACCUUCUCGGCUGGCUCGUCCGACCACCGAUCACUGUCGGCCAUGUUCGAAGAUUUCCUCAGCCAGGCGGGCCACGAAGACUUGUGCAAGGCGAAGCUGGUUCUGUUCGGGGAACCUUCGCCCUUAACUUUUGCCCUACAGCUGCGGAGGGACAUGAGCUCGGGCCUCCACGACGCCAAUCAACGUGUCUUGACUAGUAAUUCGCUGACUGUAGUCGAGGAAAACGUCCAUCCGAAGCACUUACUUCCGCAUGAAAUUGAGUAUCUGAAGGCGAAGGGGGCGUUCAUUUACCCAGAAUCAGAAGUUUUGGAGGAGAUGAUAAACGUCUUUUUGCAUCGAUUCUAUCCCCUAUACUCGGUCGUGAAUCCGACAGACUUACGCAAGGCGCAACAGGAGCGGAAACUGCCGUGGAUCUUGCUUCAUUCAAUCUGUUUCAUCGCGAUGACGUUCUGCGAGCCUGCCCUGAUCUACAAGGCUGGCUUUAGUUCUCGCCCACAGGCGCGUCAGCUCUACUACGAUCGGGCUAAGGCUCUUUUCGAUCUUAAUUACGAAAAUAAUAAAAUAAUUCUGGUGAAGGUGGCCAUCCUGCUAAGUUUCAAGGGCCCUCAGAUGGAUUGCUAUUGGAACCCAUGCUCGUGGAUCGAGUUCGGGGUGACGAUGGCCGUGGCCCUUGGGAUGCACCGCAAAUCCGUUGCAAUCAAUGGGAAAUCGAAUGACCGAGGCCUGCUCAGACGGUUAUGGUGGACGUUAGCCGUCCGCGAUGCCCACUGUUCCGCCCUGCUGGGUCGUCCCUUCCGCAUCAAUAUGGCCCAAUGCGAUAUUGAUACUUUAACGGAGGAUGACUUCCCCGACGAACACACGUGCCGAUCCCCAACGACCCAAUCAAGCUGCAGUUGCCGCGAGUCGUUCGAGUACCAGAUUCAAGUCACGAAGCUAUCAAUUAUCCUCCGAGACAUUAUGUACUUCCGGUUUGGGCCGACCAAUGUAAGCUUCACAACUGAUCUCCUCCAGGAGCAACUGGCCACCUGGAAGGCACAGCUUCCAGUCGCUAUGCAAUGCCUGCCAGGUCAAUCCUCCGUAUCGACAUUGGCUGUGCAACUCGACAUCCUGCUUAAUUAUCAUAUCACGCUACUCCACAUGGAGCAACCCCGACGACCAGGACUUAAUCCGUCGUCUCUCUCAACGUCGCUGCCCGGCGGCUACGACUACGCUGCCAUUACAGAGUCAGCGGCCCUAGCUGUCUCCUCGAGCGCCAUCAAACUCAUGACGCGGACUUCCAUCUGCAAUAUCCCCCACGAAGUAUUCCCUGGGUUUUUCAUGGCAGGAAUCAUACUCUACCAGCAGGCGCAACAGGAGCAGAACACCCAUCUAGCGAAAAUGAUCCGGGCCAGCUUCGAUAACUGCCAAAUGCUCUUGAAUCAAGCGCAAAAUACCUGGGACCCGGGGGUCUGGGCGAUGAAAGUUUUUGAAUUUCUUCUGUUUGCUGCGGACGCAGCCGAUGCUGCAGAAGCUCAGAUACUGCCGGUUGACAGUCAUGGCUUCCGAAUGAACACGCCGUCCGUGGACAUAAAUCACGCUCCCGCUGUGCAACCUCACGCUCCAGGAUCUUCAGAUGUGGAGAAUUCCGCUUGGUCAGAGGUUCCCGCCAUGGAAUUUGAUCGGGGCUUGGCCAUGGACAUGGCAGAUUAUAUGCUUCUGCCAAACUUUUUCCCCCUUACCGUUGGGCAACUAGCACGGACUUGCGGUGCUGCAGAGACUUGA